GUCUCUCGCCCCACCCAGAAAGGCGUCAUUGACUAUUCAUGAGCCCGAAAGGGUUUGGGCUCGAAAAGGCCGUUGGGCAUCCUUCUGAGAGAUCUGAGAGAGACUUCGAGGAGCUGAGGUUUGACUUGUUAAAAGAAUCUUGAUACAUUACUACAAUGGCCACUGCUCAGCUCUCUCACUCUAUCAAAAUUCACAAAGCAUCUAAGGAAACAGUUUUUCCAUCCCAAAUCACUAAUGAGCAUGAGUCAUUGAUAAUGGUGAAGAAACUUUUUGCUACUUCUAUCUCAUGUAUAACAUAUCUAAGGGGCCUGUUUCCAGAGAGCUCUUAUGGAGAACGGCAUUUGGAUGACCUCAGUUUAAAAAUACUUCGAGAAGAUAAAAAAUGUCCGGGGUCACUGCAUAUUAUCAAAUGGAUUCAAGGCUGUUUUGAUGCUUUGGAAAAGAGAUACCUACACAUGGCAGUACUUACACUUUACACAAAUCCCAAGGAACCUGAGAAAGUGACUGAAAUAUACCAGUUCAAAUUCAAAUACACAAAAGAAGGAGCCACUAUGGAUUUUGACAGUAGUAGUACAAGCUUCGAAAGUGGGACAAACAGUGAAGAUGUUAAGAAAGCCAGUGUUCUACUGAUCCGCAAAUUGUACAUACUAAUGCAGAACCUUGGACCCCUUCCUAAUGAUGUUAUACUUACUAUGAAACUCCACUACUAUAAUGCAGUGACUCCUCAUGAUUACCAACCCCCUGGUUUUAAAGAAGGGGUAAAUUCACACUUCCUGCUGUUUGAGGGGGAGCCUGUAAACCUGCAAGUGGGAUUGGUCUCCACUGGCUUUCAUAGCAUGAAAGUAAAAGUCACAACUGAGGCCACCAGAGUGUCUGAUUUGGAGAACAAUCUCUUUCAGGAGAACAGCACAACUGAGAUUGCCCAUCAGGGUCUAGACUUUGAUGAGGAAGAAGAAGAAUGCAGCAAUCAUAUUCAAAGAAUGAAUUUUGUGUACAGUCAGCAAAGUUCUCAGAGCUCCAGGAAGAAGAGGAAGGUCAGCGAACCAGUGAAAGUCUUCAUCCCUGACAGAAAAUGAAAGUUAGAUACCUUCACUGCAUUUAUUCUAAAAUAAUUUUAUUUUACAACAAACAUGCAUGAAGUGUCUUAAUAGGAAAGUAAGUUCCUGUCACCAAAAUCUUUUACUAAAUUUGUUGCUCAACUUUUUAAAUCAAUUUACUAAGUGCUAACUUACUGAGUAGAGCAUGGGUUCAUUUUACCACAAGAAAACAAAGUUACUGGGGCUGCCUUGGGAUAGCAUUACUUUAAGGCUGAGUUAGAGACAAGACAGCCUUUAUAUCUGUAAAAGAACCACAGCAGCUAUUUUGAAAAGACAUAAGCUGUUGUUCUCAAAGGAAGGAGGGUUUUCUUUGCAUAACUAAACUCCCCAGGUAUUUAGACUACUGUGAAAUGUUGUAACUUGUUGUAACCUGUGUACUGGAACCCUCUAUAGCUUUAUUAGAAUUCCCACAGACUUGCAUGGAUGUAUGUGGUGGUGCUUAUGCAGGUGUGAUUUUUAUGUUAACUUCAAUCACGAGAUUGAUCAGCCAAGUGUUGGACCAAAGUGUACUCUCCCUGUAAAGUUCCUCAAAUCUGGCCCGAUGCCCUGCUCUGUUGGCCAACCUGAGACAGGCAAUAGGUUGCAGUGCAGAAGACUGGCUCCCUUCUUAAGGCCCACGUUGAAUGCUUCCCAACAAAUACUUCAGUUUAUCAGUCUAUAACCUGCAGACUGUUCAUUCCCUCAUUCUGAGGGAAUUUUGACAGACUUAAUGAUUAGUAUUAGAUGAAUAAUAAGUGACUGAAAGUGUUUUUAUUAUUUAGUAACAUGCAAUUUAAUAACUUAAUUUAAAUGGAUAGGACUUCAAUAAGCUAAAUGUUGAAUAUGUGUGCUUUCCAGUUAAAUAAAACCAAAAUGCACAGUA